CGUAGCAUUUCUUGCCAAACGAACAGAUUAUCUUCCAGUUUUGUACAAGGUGAAAUAAUUGUUCCUUCUAAUUAGACUCUUUGGCAUGAUAGAUGUCGGGCUAGAUCCGUUUGUUGGUAGCCAGACAAGUCGCAAACUGUUCUCUUCGCUAGUUUUGGAUCUGCAACCGUUGCUUUGUAUACUGUCCAGCAUCUAUGACGGCAAAAAAACGGCUUCUAAAGGCUGUUAAGGGAUGGAAAAUUUGACGACGUCAGUGCCAGUUGCAGUGAAUUUGAUUCCUGCAAUUUCCACAUCCAAACGUACACCGAGUCCAUCAUCUAUAAGCAAUCAGACAAAUCAAUCGAUUCUGGCAGCGACAUCCUCGAGCUCUUCGUCAGUAAUUCAGCAAGGGCAACAACACUCAGUCAUCCAGACUGCUCAUGGGAACCAACUCCAACAACAGCUACAAAGCAUGCAUGAUAACCCCGAUCAAAAUUGCAAUCAACAAGAUGGAGUGUUAGAUGAUGAGACCAAAAAGAGACGUGACAUUUUAUCCCGCCGUCCAUCCUACAGAAAAAUUUUGAAUGAUUUGUCAAGUGAUUCACCUGUAAAAGUAGAACCAUAUGAAGAAAGUAACACUGGAUCAAGUGAGGCAACUGGUGAUUCUCCCAGCAGUGACGUUGGUGAAGUAAGUGGAGGGUCUGCAUCAGUUCAAGUUUCAUCAACCGAUGGUAUACCAAUGCAAAGCAUGCAAGCUAUUCAGAUACCUACUGCCAAUGGGCAGUCACAGCAAGCCACUGUUGUUCAGUUUAAUGGACAGGCUUAUGCCAUUAGAGGACAGAUUCCCCAGACAAUGGUAAUGGGAUCACCAGGAAGUUCCCAGUCAUCCCCACAACAUUCAUCCUUAGCUGAGGAAGCUGCAAGAAAAAGGGAGCUUAGACUGUUAAAGAACAGGGAGGCAGCAAAAGAAUGUAGACGAAAAAAGAAAGAAUAUGUCAAAUGCUUAGAGAACAGGGUGGCAGUUUUGGAGAAUCAGAACAAGGCCCUCAUAGAUGAGCUAAAGGCUUUAAAAGACCUGUAUUGCAACAAAACUGACUAAGGUAAAGCUGUGCAAAGUUCCCCAACCCCAACAUUUUAUCUUCAUAUUCAAUAUGAUCUCGAGUACACUUCAGAAAAAUCUAUUUGCUUUUAAAAUUUGCAUACAAAUUUAAUGAUUUGAAUAGCUGUUAUUUGCUUUGGCAUUGAAACCCUCAACGAUAUUAUAUUGCAAAGAGCACAGCCUCAAGUGCUUGAUUGAUAAAAUGUCACCUCCAUAGUCUCUGUGCAUGCAUUGGUUUUGAAUUGGUCUAUAUAAAUAUGUUAGAUUACCCUUUUAUUAACAGGAAAUGUGGUGAAUAGUUUUUAGUCCAUGUAACAACCUAGACUUCUGAUUUGUUUGCUAGGCUUAGAAUUAGGUUUUGUUGGUUCUGUUUUUGUUAGAAAAUCUGGUUUUCAAGUCUGAUACCAAACUUUCAGAACUACUCACUUUAAUUGUAUUGAUAGAAUGUAGUUAUAUAAUGUGUGGUAAGGAGGUUCAUCAUACCAAUAUAAGUUUUUAUUUUCAAGGGUUACUUACUGGUAGUGUAAGUCCAAGAACUGUCUUAAUGUUGUUGUUGUAUUUUCAGCCUGUGAACUCUUUCAGUUGUAUUCUAACAACUCACUGAGUAAAGCCUAUUUUAUUAAUUUUACUGAAUAAAAACUCCUAGUUUUUUCAAAUAUAUAUAUAUAUUCAGCUCCUAUGACUGAGCUGAUUGUUUUCAUCAAAAUUUGAAUCAACUCCUUAUUUCCUUAUAUGAAAGUUUCCCUUAGUUCUUACUAGUCAUCACAAGUUCUUUUACCAGGAAGUUACAAGAUUGGGUAACUUCUUGAAAAAGGUAAAUUGGUCCAUUUUUGACCAUUUUGCAGUGUCUAUGGCAAUGAAUUUUUAACCUGCCUUUAAAAACAUACAGAUAAAUUGGCUGGCUACAGAUUCUAUCAAAACAAUUUUUCAUAAAUGAUUAGAAAAUGCGUAGGUAAGGAAAAUAAGGAAAGUUUAUGUAUCUCCAGUUAAAACCAAAAGAAUGUAAACAGAUGAAAAUAUACAGUACUUUGUUUCCCAAACCUAUUUUAUCUCUUCAACCUUUAUUGUAAAAGUUUUUAAUUUCGCUACAAACAUACAAUGUGAAGAAACAAAUGUAAAUAAAGCUGUUUAAAACUAAUAAGAGUAUCAACUUCCUUCAUAAGCAUUAAGGAUUUUAUAAUAAAAUGUUUGCUGUUUUUCAACAGAACUUAUUUAGUAUGUUUGAAGGUAACCUUUAAAACAGUUAGUUAUUGAAUUUAUUUAUAGGCCUUGAACUAUGAUUCCAGCACUUAAAAAUUGUUCAUGUUUUUCAAAAAAUUGAGAAAGUGGAUAUUGAAUCAAAUGUUACAAUAGACACAUCAAGGCUUCUAAAUUCAUUCAUCCAUUCAACUUGCUGUGUAAAUUACUUGUCUAAUGCCUUAAUGCCUCUGUCAACUGCUUGAUGCAGUCUUGUAAUAAAUGUGUCACAUACUGAAGCUAUGAAUUACUGUAUCAUCUUGAUUUUCGUAUAUGUUAGUAGAUUUGUGCUUGUAUGUGAUAAUAUAUCAUGUUUUAUCAAAUGUUGUAGUUUUCAGUGAUAAGUCCUUAUAGUGUAAAUAUUAGCAAGAUUAGCAGUAAAUUGA